AGACUCUUUUAAAAUUUAAUACCAUUAUUGUUUUAAAAACUUGGCAAUCAGGUGAAUAAGUUCUGCGCGUAAUGCCCUGGAGUCAAUGUUGGUUGGUCAAUGAAAUAAUCCAUUCACCUGGAUUAGGAAUAGCUGCAGUUAUGUAACAAUCUGCUAUGUGGCGCUUUUGUACCGUAAAGUAAGCCAGCCAUUUUAAACCGAACCAAAACAAACAGUGUCGUAAGAGACAAUAGUGCGGGUUCAAAAACUGCGACCAUGUAACGUCUACACCGUCCAUACAACAGACGAUAUUCCAAGAUAACAGAUUGAAGCCCUGAUUAGUUGAUCAGGAUGGGCAACCUGCUGGGAACGCCUCUGUCCUCCGAAUCCGAACCAGAAUCUGAUUUCACCGAAGACGAAACCGGCGGGUAUGUGGACGAUAAAGAGAACGUUGCCUUCGAACAGACACAACCUCACGACGAUCCAGCUUCACUGACCAAUCACGACGCACGUAACUCCUCCGAGCUGACCAAUCACGACGCACAUAACUCCCCCGAGCUGACCAAUGGAGAGCUGGCUCUCUCCAAGCGAACAUCUUCCUCAGAAGAUGAAGAAGAAAACGACUUCAUCCCAGCAUGCAGUAGGAGUGAAGCAGAUCACACAAGCAAAGACGUUUUCGAAGAGAACUUGGGUUUGCCUGUUUCAGAUGUGGACGUGAAGAUCGAGUUACGAGAGGAGGAUGUGUUCGCAGGUGUGCAGAAGUUCGGAGGUGAGCCGGGGGCAGAGACAAGAGAACAGGACCAGGAGAGAGACAGUGGGUGUGAUCCGGAGUGCGAGAGUCCCAACAACAACACGUCCAACAACAACGUUCCCACGCCGGCACCCCCCAUAGAAGACAUGGUAGAGGCCGUGCUGCGAGACUUGAUCGGCGGUGCCGUCACCAUGGUAACGACCUCCCAGUCCUGCCCCGCCGACCUGAGCCAGGCAGGUCAGAGGUCGCCGCAGCGCUGGGAAUCAUGGGAGGUGGACAUGAGCAGCUGGGUCAAGAACAAGGUCAACCGGAAGGUCAAACGAGAGAAACAUGUUGCCCAGUACUGCAUGAGCCGACCCCAGUACCAGAAGUCAUGUGGCAUAUCCUCUCUCGUCUCAUGCUGGAACUUCCUAUUCAGCACACUGGGGGGUGGCAGUCACAGACCAAUCACCCAGGAAGAAGCCCUGACAGUCCUGGGCUUCAAACCCCCGUUCGGCGAGAUCCGCUUCGGACCAUUCACCGGAAACUCCACCCUCAUGAGGUGGUUUACCCUCCUGAACAACCACUACGGCGUGCGCGGGAGGGCUUACUACCUCUACAAGCCGCACGGCAAGGGGCGAACCAUGGGCACCACGGACGAGACGGCGCUCGCGAAUGUGAAGAACGGUUUGCGUGACGACAACACGACGUUUAUUUACCACUGCCAGAACCACUAUUUCUGUCCUGUUGGGUAUGAAGACGUGCCUCUUAAAGCAGCUCAUGCUUACAGAGCUGACCUGCUCCAGGAUGAAGUAGAGACGUGGCUGCUGAUUGGUGAUCCCAGCAGGAAACACCCAGGUCUCCACUGUAUCAGAUGGAGCGACAUCUCCACAGACUUGAACUGCCAGAAUCCGACGUACCUGGACAUCAGGCGGCUUCACCUCGGGCUGCAGACCAGGAAAACCCGCAAGACGGGAGGCAACCUGCACUGCAUCAUGGCCUUUGUCAAGAGUGACUGGCAGGGCCCCUCUAUCUGGAGAUCAAGCAGAGUGCAGCAACAGAAGGAACCAAACAGAGGCAGCAGGAGGGGGUCUGCACCCUCCAGCACUGAGGAGAGUGAUAGCACUGAGGACCUGGAUGAAGAAACACAAGCUUAAAAACCCCCCUCUGCCAAUGGUAUCUGCCUGGUAGGAGGUACUGCUUGAUAAUAUGGCUGUCAUAUUUGAAAGAUUAUUGCACCUAUGUCAGAAGUUUUUAGUGUUAUUUUAUACAGAUAAAUGCACUGGUUGAAAGAAAAGGUGUAUGUUCUUUCUACUUACGACUACUCUGUCAAAAAUGUUGGCCGAUCCUCAAAAGAUUUUGU